AUUUUCAAAGGAGAUUUUCUCGAAAAGAAGAAAAUUCACAAUUUUAUCACGCGUGAUAAUCGAAUCCUAUGCACACUUUCUCACUGGAGAAUCGGUUACGUUCAACCGCGGACAUUGCGGUCUAAUUGCGCGUGGCUGCGGUUAUUAUUCCCUCUCCCCCUCCCCUUCCAAGGUCGCGUUCUUACGUCUCCUCCCCUUCUAUCUCCCCAAUAAUAAAAGAUCGAAACGAAUUCAAGCUUAACCAAUUCCGUUAAUGGAACAAGAAGCGAUCCAUCCCCCCUCCUCUCCUUCGAACCGCAAAGUUUGGCAAAGGUGAGAUCGAAUUAAACUUCCGUUCCAGCCAAAAAAGAACGCCCGAGAGAACCAUUUCCAGCCAACGUUUGAAAAUUAAAACUUUUUCACGUCUCGAUGGAGAUGUACGUAUAUAUACCCGGUGUCGAAAUAACACGCGUAGAAGCAGAGUCCGGAAAGGCUUUGAGGAAGAGAGAGAGAGAGAAGGUGAACGUUCGCCCCUGAGCCGCGUGUGUCGGGGGUUGCGAGCCGUGUCAGGGAGGGAGGAGUAGGAGGAGGGGCGCACCGGGGGAAGGACGCCGGGCGUCGCGGCGCAGGCUGCCGCACCCAGCAAAGCGCCUGCUCCCCUUGAACCGGCGAAACGUUAUAUACCUGACGCAACCGUGGAGGAGACGGCGACGAGGACGCGCGUCGCUGCCGAGACACGCUCUGUUGCUAGGCGCGCUCGUUUUCGGUGCUUCCUUGCCGACCGCUUCCGUUUCCGCCAAGGUCAACCCCCCCCCGCGUUUAUUGCACCCGGGAAAACCGGGUUUUCCUUCCUUCCUUCCUUCUGCGUGUACAUAUAUAUCUGUGCGUGAGAAGCAGAACUAUAUUGGUGUACAGGGAGGAGAUGAAGAGAGGAAGGGGAGAGAAAAGGUGGUGAGAGGAAGAAGCGGGUGGAGAUGGUGUCGUAAGGUGAGGAAAGUUGGCCGUUGUGUUGCGGGAGGGAUCGGCACGUAUGGGGCAGGAAGUGGCUCAAGUAGAAACUAGUGGGUGGGUGACGAGAGGAGAGGAGGAAGAUUUCGAAGCGGCGUGUCAAGGUUGCACGACCUUGAUUCGGUCAGCGACACGGGCACAGCACGGCUUGCAAAAUCGGGCGCAGAUUCGAAUUUGCGUGCCGGCCACGCGUAUCUCCUUCCAAUUUUCUUUAGAAUUCUCUCUUUCUUCUUUCUCGAUAUAGAUUAUUAUUAUUAUUAUCGUUGGUAUUGGAUUAAUAUUGUUCAUUUUAUCGAUUCAAUGUAAUAAGUAGUUCGAGAGUUUCGUUUUUACUUACUUACCCGUUGGAUCGAUCCGAAAACCGUUUCGAUCUCCCUCGCUGGAUUAUUUCAUCGCGCGCUCCGUCUAUUACAGCGCACCACACGUUUAACGCGGAGAAACGGUUUAGGAAGCUCGCCUUAGGUUAAUUACCGUACCAACGGGAAUAACACUGCGGUGGUCGGACUCUGCGGAGACUGCAGACAGACGUGGGUGGUGUCCAUCUUGAAAUAGAUCACGUACCUUGCCUUUACCAGUCGCUUUCUUUCUUUCGCAAGAUAUAUCGUUUUUUCUUCUCCAAACGAAAAUAUUUCUCGAAAGUUUCCAAUCUAACAUCAGCUUUGUGUUCCGCUUUUGGCGGAAUUCACGCGCAGCCCCUACAGUCCUGAUUCAUCAUUAGGCGGUGUCUUCGAGACAGGUUACGGUCGUGGCACGCGCGAGAAUUUUAUAUUGGAAGUCGUAUUCUUUCUUCUCGGUUCAAGUUUUCUUAUUCUCUAGGAAGGAAAUGCAGAGGAAUCGAAAUGGCCGAUGAUUACACAGGAGAGCGGUUUUAAAAGCGAGGAAGUCGUGGACGUUUUCAAUAUUUGGGGGAAAACUUGGUUAAAAUUUUCGAGCUGUAUGCGUGUGUUUCCAACGGCGAUAUCGAUUCGAAAGUGGCGAUAUAGCGAAUGCGACGGAAAAGGAAGAAACAUCGGUGGUGAACGAGGAAGUAAUUGAAUGGAAAGCAGCCUCGCGUGUGUCCGACGCGCGUUUCAAACCGUAUAUAUAUAUAUGUGACCGUUCUUCCCCCAGAAAUUUGUGCUUUGGUUCUUUUUUUUUUUUUUUCGUUGCCUGCUUUUUUUUCGACCGAGUGCAACAGUGAAAGAAGAAAUUUAUAUUCUAGAAUAGAAAAUUGUGCGCCGAUGAAAACAGUGACUAGUGGUGGGUGAUGAUCAGUGGGCCCACCGUUUCGAAUGAAGUGGUUUUAGGAUGAUGGUGGAGCGUGUCGAGGACCAUCUCUUCAUGUAUCGACGUCCCGUUUACCGGGUCUUCCAGUACCUCGAAACCACCGACCAUGAGGGGAUGAGCACUGGCGUAGGAGAUGGAGCUGGUGGAGGCGGUGGCGGUGGGGGAGGAGGCGGCGGUGGCGUGCAGGGAAGCGGAGGCGGAAGAAAUACACCACCCCAUGGAUCACCCACCCCCAUGGACAAGGCGACUUUGAAGGUCCAUCUGCCCAACGGUGGUUUCAACGUUGUUAAAUUCGGUGACGCGAUCGACGUGAAGGGUAUCAUCACUUUGGUGACUAGUCGACUAGCGGUUGGAACCAGACACUACCAUAACCUUUACGCCAUGAGGCUCCAUCAUCCUGGAUCGGGGGAGAGUUACUGGUUGCAUCAGGACACGACCAUGUACCAGGUUCAAGAAAAGUACGAAAAGAAACAUCCUCAUUGCGAGUGGAGGUAUGAACUGAGAGUACGAUACUUGCCGCAAAAUCUCAACGAUCUGUACGAGAAGGACAAAGUGACCUUCUAUUAUUAUUACGAUCAGGUUAGAAACGAUUAUCUGUGCGCGAAUCACGCGGCUCUCGACCAGGACGUGGCGGUGCAAUUGUGCUGUCUAGAAAUUCGUUACUUUUUCAAAGACAUGCAACAGAUCGCUCUCGACAAGAAGAGCAAUCUCGAGUACCUGGAACGAGAGGUCGGGCUGCACAAGUUUUUACCACGAUCCGUGUUGAAUGGAAUGAAACCAAAGGCGUUGCGCAAGCUAAUACAACAACACUUUAAAAAGGUUGCGGUAUUGUCGGAGCUAGAAUGCAUGUUCAAGUUCUUCGAUCUUCUGCGUGCUCAUUACAGAUUCGAUCAGGAGAGGUUCAUAUGCGCUUUGGGGUCGAGCUGGUCUAUACCCGUAGAACUAGUCAUUGGACCUGACUUAGGCAUAUCUUACAUGGCUCACAGAGGUGGGACGGUGCCGACAAGAAUCGCCGAAUUCUCCCAGAUACAAUCUAUCCAAACGCUGGUAUCCGAUUGCAAGGAACACGCAAAAGCUUGUAUUAAAUUAAGAAUAGCAGGAGCCGCUGAAACGCUUAGUAUCACGUGCUCGAGUUUGGACCAAGCGGAGAGUCUGGCGGAUUUAAUCGACGGUUAUUGUAGACUCGUCACUGGAACCAAUACCUCGUUGUGGAACAGGAAAGCUGCAUCGUGGAAAAAUUAUCCCUGUCCAUGCAAAGAUGCUCAUCCCCCAAAAUACAGACAAGACGGUUCCAAUAGCCCGGAGAAAAACGUAAGCAAAACGGGGACCAUUUUGUCCGAGGACUACGCUGAAAUUGUGGACGAAGAAGGAGAUUAUUCGACUCCAGCUACCAGAGAUUACGAGAUAGUUAGGAACCAAGUGGAAUUGGGUGAAAUUAUUGGAGAAGGUCAAUUUGGCAAUGUACAUAAAGGUUCAUACAAGGGGCGGGACAAUCAAGUCAUACCAGUGGCGGUGAAAACUUGUAAAGUUGAUGCAGAUCUCGCUACGUCGGAAAAAUUUCUCGAGGAAGCCUAUAUAAUGCAACAAUUCGAGCAUCCUCACAUUAUAAGACUUAUCGGUGUAUGCUCUGAACCACCCAUUUGGCUGGUAAUGGAAUUAGCCAAGUUGGGGGAGAUGCGAGCUUAUCUGCAAUCGAACAAGCAUCGUCUGGAUCUCGCCACUCUUCUACUUUACACAUUUCAAUUGAGCACUGCCUUAUCGUAUCUCGAAAGCAAGAAAUUUGUCCAUAGGGACAUCGCUGCGAGAAACGUGCUAGUUUCUGCGCACAAUUCCGUAAAAUUAGCAGAUUUUGGUCUGAGUAGGUGGGUGGAAGAUCAAAGUUAUUAUACAGCAAGUAGGUGUAAGUUGCCCAUUAAAUGGAUGGCACCGGAGAGUAUUAAUUUUCGAAGAUUUACUACGUCUUCUGACGUUUGGAUGUUUGGUGUAUGCAUGUGGGAAAUAUUAAUGUUAGGCGUGAAACCAUUUCAAGGUGUAAAAAAUAACGAAGUGAUCCGUAAAUUAGAAAACGGAGAGAGACUUGCUUUACCGAAUCAUUGCCCUCCACGAUUAUAUUCUUUGAUGUCUCAGUGUUGGAGUUACGAACCGAGUAAACGACCAACGUUCAAAGAGAUCAGAGAAACUUUACACGAAAUUUUAUUGGAAGAGAAACAUCAGCAACAAGAAACGAUGAGACGGGAGAACAGGAGAGUACAAGCCAUGUCUUGGGGGGCAGACGAUGUACCGCCGCCGAAACCUUCCAGGCAACCGCAAAACACGACGGAUCAAUCUCAGCUAACCGCCGCUGCGCCUGUCUCGACGUAUAUCGUUGCGCAAAAUCCCGAGGUUCUUGCGCAGCUUCUCAAGGAUAAUCAAACUAGGGGGGUAUGUCCCUCCGUGUACACAACCCCUGCCUCGCCUUUCAAUACCUUAGCCGUACAAUUUCAAGACGAAGAUCAAGUCUUAACCACUGCUUUAGUUUCAGAUCUACCCUUUUUCGACCAUCCAACCACUUCAGAACCACCUCCCGCCUCUCAUGAAACCCAUUCAGGAGAUUCCACUUUGUCCGAUACCAAUUUGGAUUCCCUCGAUUCCUCGGACGCUCCUCUCAUGUCCAGUCUUAACAUUUCAGACGCGACACAAGCCCAAUCCCCCGCUGCUAACCGAAAGCAGCAGAAGGUUAAAGAGAUGCAAAAUUUGUACGCGGUUAGUUCAAAAGUUGUUGGCAGCAUCACGGGAGAUUUGUAUUCUCCCGUGCAAAAAUUCACAACGUCCGGUGCCAUCCCAAUAACAACUAGCGUAGCUACUUGCGGCGAAAUAUACGGCCCAGUGGCCAAUUUCACCCAAAGUUCCGCCAUCGUUGGUAAUCUCAGUCAGAGUCCCAGUGUGGGCGGUAAUUUUGGUGAAAAUCCUGGAAACUUUGGGCCGGGCAGCUUGAACAGUAUCGUAGGAUUGAACAAUCAGAAUCAAUUGUCAAAUUUCGCCCAAUUCUCUGUUAAUAACACGAGCCAGAAUUCUAAUUGCAUACAACAAAAUCCUACAACCGCUGUCGUGUAUCCCCGCAUACCUGUCGUUACUUCGAGUAACGCUGCCAUUCCUGCAUCCAACGCGGAAUGCUUGUACGGGCCGGUGUUAAAAUUCCGUGCGCAAAACAUCCAAAAUCAAAAUGUGACCGAUUUGAAAUCCGUGAAUGUGUCUGUUGGAACUACCAUGGCGAAUGUUAGAGGCAAUUUGGCGCAUACCUCGACGCCAGGAGCAAACCUGCAAACACGGCCUGCACACGCUCAGAAUUAUCAACAUCAACAAAUUUAUUCGAAUAUAAGUACGCCGCAACCGAUGUACGUGCCGCAGUCGCAGAAUGCGCAAAGCAAUCAAAAGCAAAAUCCAAUUCAUCAAUCCGUUUCUUACAUGCAUAAUACGUCGCAACACACGAAUCAACAAAAUCAAGCAAUCGGAGCUAAUCCAAUUUACACGGCGCAAGCGACUUCUGUCACGGUCGUGCAAGCUCAGAAGGUUCAGGGGCCCGUGUAUGUGCAACAAAUUCAAAGCGGAAUUACGAGCCAUGCGCCGAGCUCCCAAGCGAUGAAUCAGCAGCAAUUGUCUUUUGAAAUAGCGCAAAGUCAUCCCAUUCAAGUGCAUUUCGCCACAUCGGGUGGCACGGUCCAACCAACUGGCCAGCAACACUUUCAUCCGAGCACGUCUAAUAUUGUAAUCGGUCAACAAUCAACUUCCAUUACUGCCACGCAACACAGCCAAGCACAAUGCAACGUAGCGAAUCUGCCAAUUACAGCUGCGACAAACGCAACGCAGCAGUAUUUAGUACAGCCAAUAGUGCAAUCGGGGAUGAUAAGGUCUGCUACACCUCAAAUAGCAACUGGUGUUGCAAAGAUCACUACGUUUGUAAAUCAAAAGCAAGAUGAACAACUAACAAGUUCGACAGACGGCACACUCUCUGGAUCACUGAUAUCUUCUGCAGUCAGUGAUAGCACAAUGUCAUCAAGCAGUUCGAUGACAGAGGAGGCACAACAAGAUCAGAGGAUAGUACAAUCACAGUUAUUCGAUAGCAUCACGGAAAAUUUCAGCAGUGGUAUUGACGACGAGCAAAAAUUAUUGGAACAACGACUUUUAGAACAGCAGCGUCAAUCGGAAGAAGAUAGUCGUUGGUUAGCAAGAGAAGAGAAACGUCUAUCUAUUGCGACGAGUGGAGAUGAAAGCGCGAGUCCUCCAGUUCCACGUUCGGUUACUCAAUCACCAAGUCAUGAACAGCACGGUGCUAAUACUGGUUCUAUAGGAUCUGAUAAAAGUACCGAAAAAGUAAUCGUUGUAAAGAAAAUGGAACCUACACCAACUGCCGAUCUAGAUAGGACGAAUGAUAAAGUAUAUGAUUGUACCACUAGCGUAGUUCGUGCCGUAAUGUCUUUAUCUCAAGGUGUUCAACAAAGCAAGGCUGAUCAAUAUUUAGAAUUAGUACGUAAAGUGGGUAUCGAAUUGAGAGCAUUACUUUCAUCUGUCGAUGCUUUGAUGGAUAUAUUGCCUAUAUCUGCUCAUCGAGAAGUAGAAAUGGCGCAUAAAGUUCUUAGUAAAGAUAUGGCAGAACUUGUAACAGCUAUGAAACAAGCUCAAAAAUAUAGUGCUACUACGUUAGAUGCUGAAUAUCGAAAAGGGAUGCUCUCAGCGGCUCACAUUUUAGCAAUGGAUGCGAAAAAUCUUCUAGAUGUAAUCGAUUCGAUACGUAUUCGUUAUCCAUAUGUAGAUAAUCAGAUUUGCCAAAAUCAAAAUCAUAUUAAUGCUUCACAAGAAUCGAUGUCAGAAAAUCGUAUUCGUUCCAGUCAAUCUGGAGAACAAUUUCUAAGGAGAAGUCAAUCGAGCGAACGUCAAGGUACUACGUUUAGACAGAGUCAAAGUGGUGAUCUUUUACAUAGAAUGGGUCAAUCCGUCGAUCGUUCAUUGCAGGGUAGUCAAACUGAUGUCAGUAGCGGCUCUAGUUUAGAAAGAAGGCAUCAUAUUGUUACUAAUAGUCUUGAACGUAAUUCGACAACAAGAAGACAAAUGACGACAAAUAGUUUAGAAAGAAAAAGACCAUCAUUGUCUUGUAAUAUCAGUCCCAUGAAUAAUUCGGUUAAUUUGCCACCAAUGGUACCAGUUACCUGCAAUUUAGUCCAAACAGUUGGACCUGUUAUUCAUCCGAGUCAAACAGUUACAACAGGUAUUAAUCAACAGUCAGUGUUUACAACUAAUAAUAAAACAAACGAAAAUGCAACAACUGAUAGCUAACAACGAGGUGCCUUUGCAUUAAGGAAAACUUCGAAGUAAUAAUUAUAUGUAUAUAGUCUACAUCGUACAAGUUACCCAUUUACAUCUCACACAUAACUCAGCAGCAAGAGAUUUAAUAUUUAUGCUUUAUAGCUCUUUUUAACAUUUAAUAAACUUUGUCUAAACGUACUUAUAAAUAAGGCAGUAUUCGUUAGAUAUAUAGAUUAGGAUUAUCACGAAAAAACAUAAUAAGUCACAGCUGAAAAGAAAUCACUCCAAAGUUUUAGAAUUAUUAUUAAUUUGUUAUUAUAUAAUAAUCAUGUGUGAAUUGGGUGAUGCAAAAGAUAGCCUUGAGUCUAAAAAAUUAUAAACAUAAAUAAUUUUUAUUAAUAUCAGACGCAAUUUUCAUAUAUGAAAUUAAGUAUUUAAAUUUUAUUGCAUAUAUUAUAAUAUUAUUAAAAAUUAAUUAUAAAAAAAUUAUCACAAUAUCUAUAAUCGCUUCAAAGAUUGUCUUAUUGUAUCACCCAGUAGUUGAAUAAUUCUAUAUAUAUACAUAAAUAUAGAUAUUUAUAAAUAUAUUUAAAUGAAUAGUUCAAAAUAUUUUAUGCAAAAAAUUUAAUUUCAUAUAGGAUACAAUUUUACAAAAUUAUUUUUACGAAUUUAUAAUUUAUAAUAGUCUAUUUCCUGCUAAAAGGAGUGAUUAUAAUUGUAAAAAAUGGGACUGAAUGUUAUUUCUAUUAGGUAAUUAUUUUGUAAUUCAUAUCAAUUUGUGAAAUUUAUAUAAAAUGUUUUAUAAAAAAAUGAAUCAUUCUUUAGCGACAAGUCAGUUCCUAUAAAAUAUUUAUACAAAUCUCAUCAUUGCAUAAGAAUAGUAUUGAUAACUUGUCAACAUAAUGCGCUUAUAACGGCAGUGCAUUUACAAAUCUAUUAAAUAUUCCAUAAAUUAAGUAUUCCAUUUUUAUACAUUUAUUUUUUUACAUUCCUGGGAAGAAAUUUAGUUUCAUAUUGGAUUAAAAUUAUUGUGCAUGAUGUUUGACUGAUUUUUAUAUUGCUCAUUACUUUACACAACUAUAGUUUUGAAUACUAAUGUGCCAAGGCGUAUUUAUAUGUACAAUACGAACAAAUUUUAUUAUUGACUAUACAUGUACAGUAAUACUUUUAAUAUCAUCCCAGGAAUUUGUAAUUUACGAUUACAACGUUCGACACUGCUAUUGCAUCGAAAAUAUAAGAUAUUUUUUUUUUUUUUAGAUUUACUUUAAUUGUAUAUAAAUAAAUAUUCAAAAUUUGUAUCAUUUAAUAAUAAUAUUAAUUAUUGAGUUACAAGUAUUAUUUCUAGUAAAUAUUAUUUUUCAUAUAUAUUUUACUAUAUUCAAUUUUUUUUCCACAAAUUGUAGUCGCGUAUUUAUCAGAAUUCUAUUGAAAUAUUUAAAAGUUUUCAAUCCUAUAUCUUUCAUGAUGCAUGUUUAUAUCAUCUUCAAUAUUGUAAUACUACAUAAAAUAUAUGUUUUGUUUUAUGAUUCUUCUUUAUAUACAAUAAUAAUAGUUUUUAAGUAUGCCAUGACGAAUAUUACAAUAUAUGAUGAUAUAAUAAAAUUAAAAUAUUGUUAGAAAACUUUUUUUUUAUAAAACACAUGUUGGAUAAUUUAAAAAAUUGUAUAUGUAACAAAUUUUAUUAGUGAGCUGAUUAUAUAUUAUAUAAAUUUUUCAAUUAUCAUUCAAUAAACUUACUCGAUUAUUUGUAUAUACAUAUAUAGCGCGCGCGCACACAUACACAAAAUCAAUUUAAAAAUAAUAAAAGCUUAAUUUAUUUUAGUUUUUUUAUAGCUAAAUAUCUUCCACGAUCAUACAAGAUUUCGUAAUUUGUAUAACAAAAUAAUAAAUAUAUAAACUAUUUAUAAUUAUUAGUAUAUAAAAAUAGUUGUAAUUUUUUUUUUUAAAAAAAGGAUAAAAUAAUUAUUGAAAUUAAAAUAUUCUAGCAUCAUUGAAUCACUGUUAUUAAUUAAGUAAUAAAAAUUAAGACACAAUAUUUAAAAAAUAUUUAUAAAAUUGUGUAAAUGUAACUAUGUAUUAUUACUACAGGCAAAAUAAUAAAUAGUAAGAUAAUUUCAGCAUUAUGAAUACUUAUAAGAUUGCUACAUAAUAGCACAAUAUUAACAACAACAAGUCAGCAUCAACAUACUCACAUUAUUGUACAUAUUUUAAUAAAAAUGCGUCCAUUUAAUUAAUAAUUGUAA